UGAAUAUAACUUGUAGUUCAAUAAAAGCCCUAUGUUGGGAUAAUCAGAGCAGACCCAUAGGCUGGCAUUCAUAUAGUUACACUGCCUAGCAGCUCCUCCUGAUUUGGGACUACCCUCCCUGUUUGCUGCUAUAUUUAUCUGCCUCCUUGGCCAUAAAAGGCUAGCUGUGUGGCUCUGACAUUCUGCUGCCUGACCACAUGCAUUAUUUUUGAACUGGCUCCCGGGGUCCUGUCUUUAGCCCUGCCUCUCAACUUUUUCUUGGAUUCAGCUUCAGCAGGGUUCCAUUCUCUCUCCCAGCUCCUCUGCUGCAUUGGAACUUUCCACCUCUAUCGCACUUUGGAAACUGAUUGCCUGCUUCCCUCCAGGGACACACAAUGUCUUUGCCGUUCUACCAGAGUUCCCACACACACUAUGAUCACAGCUACCGCCACAAGGACUUGCGUAGCACCACGAGCCAGUACCACCAGCAAGAGAAGAAGCGUUCUGCCAUCUAUACCCACGGCUCCACGGCCUACAGCAGCCGCUCCUCUGCGGCACACCGCCAGGAAGCAGCGGCCUUCAGUGAGGCCUCGGCCGCCUCUUCCCAGCAGCUGGCUUCUCAGUCCUACAGUCUUGGAACAGAACAGUACUCUCUUGCAUCUGCAGUCAGUCGCAAGGCAGCCUCAGCCUCUGACUACGGCUACUCCCAUGGUCUUACAGAUUCUAGUCUGCUGUUGGAAGAUUAUUCAUCUAAAUUCAGCCCUAAGACGAAGAGAGCCAGGCACAGCCUUCUGUCAGAAGAGAAGGAGAACCUGCCGAGCGACUAUAUGGUGCCCAUUUUCUCAGGACGUCAGAUGCAUGUCAGUGGAAUCACAGAUACAGAAGAAGAAAGAAUUAAAGAAGCUGCAGCUUACAUAGCCCAGCAGAAUCUUCUCGCUGCUGAGGAAAGACUCACGACCUCCAAACAGCUGGCGACUUCCAAGCAGUCUGCAAUAUCCAAACAGUCCACCUCCAUCCUCCAUGAGGAAGAAACACUGGAGAAAAAGUCAAGGAAAGUUGCAAUACGAGAAAAAGCAGAACGCCUGUCGCUGAAAAAAACAUUGGAAGAAACUGAGGCCUAUCAUGGAAAGUUGAAUGAAGACCAUCUUCUCCAUGCUCCGGAGUUUAUCAUCAAACCUCGUUCCCACACAGUUUGGGAGAAUGAGAAUGUAAAAUUACACUGCUCUGUAGCUGGCUGGCCAGAACCUCGUCUCACAUGGUAUAAAAACCAAGUGCCAAUAAAUGUCCAUAACAACCCUGAGAAGUAUAUUAUUGAAAGUCGAUACGGAAUGCACACUCUGGAGAUUAACAAGUGUGAUUUUGAAGACACAGCUCAGUACCGGGCCUCGGCGAUGAAUGUUAAAGGAGAACUUUCAGCAUAUGCAUCUAUUGUGGUAAAGAGAUAUAAGGGAGAGUUUGAUGGGAUGCGCUUGCAUGCUACCACCAUGCCUCUCAGCUUUGCUGUAACCCCUUAUGGUUAUGCAUCCAAGUUUGAUAUCCAUUUUGAUGACAAGUUUGAUGUGUCUUUUGGGAGAGAGGGAGAGACAAUGAGUCUGGGCUGCCGUGUAGUUAUCACGCCUGAAAUCAAACAAUUCCAACCAGAGAUCCAGUGGUACAGAAAUGGAGCACCUGUUUCUCCAUCAAAAUGGGUACAGACACACUGGAGUGGAGAGCGGGCAACACUGACAUUUUCUCACCUCAACAAAGAAGAUGAAGGCCUCUAUACAAUUCGUGCACGAAUGGGCGAAUAUUAUGAAGAGUAUAGUGCUUAUGUCUUUGUUCGAGAUGCUGACGCAGAGAUUGAAGGAGCACCAGCUGCGCCCUUGGACGUGCUCUGCUUGGAAGCCAACAAAGAUUACAUCAUCAUCUCCUGGAAGCAGCCAGCUAUAGACGGUGGAAGUCCAAUCCUGGGAUAUUUCAUUGAUAAGUGUGAAGUGGGUACAGACAGCUGGUCUCAAUGCAAUGACACACCUGUGAAGUUUGCUCGUUUUCCUGUCACUGGACUGAUAGAAGGUCGUUCCUAUAUCUUCCGGGUUCGAGCUGUGAAUAAAACUGGAAUAAGCCUGCCCUCUCGAGUGUCCGAGCCGGUGGCUGCUCUGGAUCCGGCUGAGAAGGCAAGACUGAAAAGUCGCCCGUCGGCACCCUGGACUGGACAGAUAAUUGUCACUGAGGAGGAACCGACAGAGGGUGUUAUUCCUGGGCCACCCACAGAGCUCUCUGUCACAGAGGCUACCCGGAGCUAUGUGGUGCUAAGCUGGAAGCCCCCUGGGCAGCGUGGCCACGAGGGCAUUAUGUACUUUGUGGAAAAGUGUGAAGCGGGAACGGAAAACUGGCAGCGGGUGAACACGGAGCUGCCCGUGAAGUCUCCCCGCUUUGCUCUGUUUGACUUGGCCGAAGGGAAAUCUUACUGCUUCCGUGUGCGCUGUUCUAAUUCAGCAGGAGUUGGUGAGCCCUCAGAGGCCACAGAAGUGACCGUGGUUGGGGACAAACUUGAUAUCCCUCAGCCCCCUGGCAAAAUCAUCCCAAGCAGAAACACAGAUACCUCUGUGGUGGUGACUUGGGAAGAGUCCAAAGACGCCAAAGAGUUGGUUGGGUAUUACAUCGAGGCAAGUGUGGUUGGCUCUGGGGAGUGGGCACCCUGCAACAACAACCCUGUGAAGGGCUCACGAUUUACUUGCCAUGGAUUGGUGACUGGUCAGAGUUAUAUUUUCCGCGUCAGAGCUGUUAAUGCUGCUGGACUUAGUGGCUAUUCCCAGGAUUCAGAAGCUAUUGAGGUCAAAGCCGCCAUCGGGGGAGGAGUGUCUCCAGAUGUGUGGCCUGAGCUGAGUGAUGCGCCCGGUGGACUAACAGACUCCAGGGGGCUUGUGCAUGAGGCCUCCUCACCAGCCUUUCAGAAAGAUGCUUUACUCUCUAGCAAACUUAACAAACCUUCACCACCCAGUAGCUCCCACAACACGGGCCAAACAGAAGUGAGUAAAGUAAGUGAAACAGUUCAGGAAGAGCUGACCCCAUCACCAGAGAAGGCAGCUCCUAAGGGGAAAAGUAAGUCUGAGCCCCUGAAAAAGAAGAAGGACCUAGCGGCACCCUCUCCGCCCCAUGACAUCACAUGUCUUGAGAGUUUUCGUGAUUCAAUGGUUCUUGGAUGGAAGCCACCAGAUAAGGCUGGAGGAACAGAAAUUACUGGCUAUUAUGUGAAUUAUCGUGAGGUAAUUGGUGGGGUACCCGGAAAAUGGAGAGAAGCCAACAUCAAGGCUGUCAGCGAUGAGGCAUACAAGAUCAGUGACUUGAAGGAAAACAUGGUGUACCAAUUCCAAGUGGCAGCCAUGAACAUUGCUGGCUUGGGAGCACCCUCCGCAGUGAGCGAAUGCUUCAAAUGUGAAGAGUGGACCAUUGCCGUUCCAGGACCACCACAUAGCCUCAAGUACAGCGAAGUGAGGAAAACCUCCCUGGUUCUACAGUGGAAGCCUCCAGUCUACUCGGGGCGGACUCCAGUCACUGGCUACUUUGUGGACCUGAAGGAAACCAAUGCCAAGGAAGACCAGUGGCGAGGACUCAAUAAGGCAGCGAUUACGAACACAUACCUCAAGGUUCAAGGCCUCAAGGAGGGUGUGAGCUACGUGUUCCGUGUCCGAGCCAUCAACCAGGCUGGAGUUGGGAAGCCAUCUGACCUUGCUGGCCCUGUUGUGGCAGAAACCCGUCCAGGAACCAAAGAGGUUGUUGUAAAUGUGGAUGAUGAUGGAGUCAUUUCACUGAACUUUGAAUGUGAUCAGAUGACUCCAAACUCGAAGUUUGUCUGGUCCAAAGAUUACGUACCCACCGAGGACUCGCCACGGCUGGAAGCUGAAAGCAAAGGCAACAAGACGAAAAUAACCUUCAAAGACCUUGGGGAAGAUGACUUGGGCAUUUACUCUUGCGAUGUGACGGAGACUGAUGGAAUAGCAUCAAGCUACUUAAUAGACGAGCAAGAGCUGAAACGUUUGCUUGCUCUCAGCCACGAUCACAAGUUCCCAACUGUUCCGGCGAAAUCAGAAUUGGCAGUUGAAAUCAUGGAGAAAGGGCAAGUGCGGUUUUGGAUGCAAGCUGAGAAACUCUCUGGCAACGCAAAAGUCACCUACAUAUUCAAUGACAAGGAGAUCUUUGAAGGGCCGAAAUACAAAAUGCAUAUUGACCGAAACACUGGCAUAAUUGAAAUGUUCAUGGAAAAGCUACUGGACGAGGAUGAGGGAACCUAUACUUUUGAGAUUCAAGAUGGAAAAGCCACUGGCCACUCUACUCUUGUUCUCAUUGGAGAUGUUUAUAAAAAGCUCCAGAAAGAAGCUGAAUUCCAGCGGCAGGAAUGGAUUAGGAAACAAGGUCCACAUUUUGCUGAGUAUUUGAGCUGGGAAGUGACGAGUGAAUGCAAUGUACUGCUGAAAUGCAAGGUCGCCAACAUUAAGAAGGAGACAAUGAUUGUGUGGUACAAGGAUGAGAGAGAGAUCUCAGUGGAUGAGAAACAUGACUUCAAGGAUGGUAUAUGCACUCUGCUUAUAACAGAGUUUUCCAGGAAAGAUGCUGGGAUUUAUGAAGUUAUCCUGAAAGAUGACCGAGGGAAAGACAAGAGCAGAUUGAAGCUUGUGGAUGAAGCCUUCCAAGAACUGAUGUCUGAAGUAUGCAAAACAAUAGCUCUGUCUGCCUCAGAUCUAAAAAUCCAGAGCACUGCGGAGGGCAUCCGGCUGUAUUCUUUUGUUACUUACUACCUGGAUGACUUGAAAGUUAACUGGUCUCACAAUGGGACUGGUAUAAAAUACACAGACAGAGUUAAGACUGGGGUCACCGGGGAGCAAAUCUGGCUACAGAUCAAUGAACCCACUCCUAAUGAUAAAGGGAAAUAUGUAAUGGAGCUCUUCGAUGGCAAAACUGGACACCAGAAGACAGUGGAUCUUUCUGGACAAGCAUAUGAUGAAGCCUUUGCUGAAUUCCAACGGUUAAAACAGGCUGCCAUUGCUGAGAAAAAUCGUGCCCGGGUGGUGGGCGGUCUCCCUGAUGUGGUCACCAUCCAGGAGGGCAAGGCCCUUAAUCUCACUUGCACCGUGUGGGGCGACCCGACACCAGAGGUGUCUUGGCUGAAGAAUGAGAGGCUGCUGGCCUCUGACGACCACUGCAACCUGAGGUUCGAGUCCGGGAAGAUUGCCUACUUCACCAUCAACGGUGUGAGCACCUCUGAUUCGGGCAAGUACGGGCUCGUUGUGAAGAACAAGUAUGGCACGGAGACCAGCGACUUCACGGUCAGUGUGUUUAUCCCAGAGGAGGAGGCCAGGAAGGCCCUGUCGGAUACCCAGAAGGGCAACCACAAGUCCAAGUGACCCAAUCCUGGGCAGAGGGGUGCCAAGUUGAGACCAGCCAAGCCAACUUGGACUGUUUGUGUGCAAAUGGUUUGGGCUGCAGAUAUAAGAAAGUCUUGGUGCUUUGUCCUCCCUAUUGUGUGCUGGCUUAGAGGUAGGAUUGUCAAAUCUUUCAAUCGUCUAAUUUUUUUUUAAAUGCCAACUAACAACACUUUAAGGGUUUUCUUAACAACUAGUUAUAUAUAAGAAAAUAGCACUGGUAGCACAAAUGUUAGGAGAUGGUUUUAAGGAGGAGAUCAGAAGGAAGUUAGAGGGAUGUUGAAUGAUGGUCAAAGAGUGGAAGAAGGUCUUAUGGAACAGAGUCUGGAGUGAAUGAAGCUUCGGUGGUAAAUUCUCAUGGUUACAAUCAAAGAGAUCCACUGUUGAGGCCAUGGGUGUGUUCCUUAUGUUGUUACCAUAGUAUGGUGCAUUUCUGUUGGCAGCCUGUGACUUGGAGCCUCCUCUAUCUGAAUAAACACUUCUCA